AUGGCGCGCGAGGACGACCCGCCCGCGGCGGCGCGCAUCACGUGGGACGAGGCCGCGAUCGCGACGCACGAGUCCGAGGCUGGGGUGCUGUACGGAACGCAGAAAGUCCAGGAGGUGGCGACGCCGUUCCUGUACAGCGGCGCGGAGACCCCCGCUGGAGCGUCGUCCUCCGCGGGCGAGGGCGCGCGCGAUGCGCCAGCGAGGACGAUCGGCGAGCACGUUCCCGGCGUCGGGAGGGUGGAAGUGGACGUCGGCGAGCUGCGAGCGCGCCUGGGGGUGUGUCUGGACGAGAUGCGCGACCCGCCGCCGCCGUGGCUGCGGAUGCGGAGCCAUCACGAGGACCCCGGAACGGCGUACUACGUAAACAACUUGACCGGCGCGACGCGUUGGGAUUUUCCAGAGGAGGAGGACGCGGCGGCGGCGAAGGCGGGAGGGAACGACGACGGCGCGCGGACGGAGAACGACGAGAGCGAGGAGGACGAGCCGAUCGUGCCGUCGCGGCUCACGAGGGCGCGAGACUGCGCGGCGCAGUACGUCGCGCAGCGCAGGUAG